GCAAGAAGCUAGUUACUGUCCUGCAAGGCCAGCAUCCAAGCCUAAGGAGAACUCAAGGGCGACUGAACACGAGAUGCUGCCGACUGGAGGAACAAGGAGGAUUACGAGCAGAUUUUUAGGAUAUGUCUGCAUGCAGCAAAACGAAGAUGCCUACGCUCAAAAGAAGCUUCCAACAGGACGUAAGGAUGAAGCGGUUCAUGGCCAUGUUAAAUAGGAAUAAAAACAAGGACCCCCCACCUGCCAAGCUGCUGGAUCUAGCAGGACAGCUUUGCCAGGACCUCCAGAGCUCAUCUCCUAGUCUGGAGAAGCUGGUUGGGGCCAUGAUGGGAUGCAAACACAAGAUGUAUUUUCUCACUAACAUCCAUGUUGUCCGAGCUUGCGUGUUCGUUCAUAUUCAUAAUGGGCAGCAUGACACAGCCUGCAGACUCCUGGAGUAUUGCAAGGCUGAAGAGAAGGAGGAGCUGGUGCAACUUUGGCAUGAGAUUCACUACCAGAGGGUUAUGGAGAAACACCACACGGAUUUUCUGACACCACUGCAGAAAUUCCGUUGCAGGAAGAGGAAUCCUCCGCCUGUUUCCCUUUGUCCUGAAGGUUUGAAGAAUCGAAACUAUUCAGAUGAAGUACGUCAGCAACUGCGCAGGUUUGCUGCAGAGGUGACGACAAAUCCAAACAAGAAACAGCGGGAAGGAUUGGCUCGGGACAUGAACCUGCAGCCAACUCAGGUCUAUAAUUGGUUUGCAAAUUAUCGACGACGUCAAAAAUCCUGCCUCCCUCGUACAGAAAAGCUCAACAGCUCAUGUCCUGAGAGGGCUUUGACUUACCACACAAAGGAGCAGCAGGAUAAAGGAUCCUACAUUUCACAAACUGAAGAUGGAUCUUGUGUAGGCAUCGGCUCUGAGCAAGUGGAGAUAACCCUUGUGCCCUGUGACCCAGGGUGGGAGCAGUCAGCUGCAGAUCUGGAUAAGCCUCCUGAAGGAACUUAUUUAAAGAUGCUGGAAUCCAGCUUUAUGCAGAGCAGUGAGCUGUAUGAAGGAAGGACCACUCACAACACUGAACAACCUGUAGCUUUUUACACUGAGGCUGUGCUGGAACCAGGAACCUGCUUUAACUCUGCUGUCCUGCAGCCCAGAGAAGUAGCGAGCAGUUCUGAUGCCAGCCCCCAGCUGGAUAACUUUGUCCUGUGCUCUUGUGGGUCCCUUAGCUUCCCAGAUGAACGGCUGGCCAUGUGGCAGGCCCCUUGCAGCGCCAGAGGAGUCUCUGGCUCGAUGUGGACCCCAAGUAUAGAAGGUAUCAGAGCUCCCUUGAGCAGAGUCCCUCAAGGUGGCUGUAUUGAGGCCAGUUCAGGAAGACUCAGUCAGCAGUCAGAUUUAGAGGUUGAAAGCUUCAUCCUUAGAGAAGGACAGCUAGGGACCCUGGAAUCUAUUCUUCCCCACAGGUAAAGUAGUGGAAAGCACUGGGCUUCUUAAAGGCAGGAAUAACAGUGAUGCUGUGGAUCUAGCCUUGUCCUGAUCCCUGCGUUGAAGAGGGUUGCAGAAAGAGUGUAGUGAUGCAUCUCAUUCCAGGGGCCUGACUCUCCUUGUGUCCAUCAUAUUUUGCAGAUAUUUAUAUCUGUGCAGUGGAAAUAGGAAAAGCUGUAUAAAUGUAUAUGUGUUUUACAGUGGUGGCACAACGGAGAUUCGGGGCCAGCCUCAUCAGAAAAGAUAUGAACCCCUCUCUUUAAAGCAGGUUUAGCUUCUAAGCUAUUUGCCCAUUUUUCUUUUUGGCAGAAAAUCAUAUCCUGUACUGAUCCAGUGAGAGCUGAUGCUGUGGGCUGGGUUGGUAGGGCCCAUACUUAAUCCUAAAAUAGUUUUUGUAGCUUCAUAACCUCAUGACAAGAUUAUUCCAUAGUGCAAGCUUUCCAAAUUGGAAGAAAGACAGGCACUGUUCUGUCUUUCUGUUUUCCACCUGUAACAAAUGUUUCAGGCUGCAGGUUUUCUCUGGGACUUGAGAUAAAUUCACAGAAUGCAAAACAACAAAAAUCUGUGCCAUCUUCUGUAUGUUAUACAACUUCCAUAAUGUUACAUAAAAAUAAAAACUGCCAAACAGACAUUACGAAGUUCCUUUAAUUUACUGAUCUGCAAGACAGAGCAGGAGCACUAGCCCCAUUUCAUAACCCUUCUGCUUGAUACUGUCAAUAAUACGUCAGAGGCAGGUAGAAGCAGUUUUAUUCCCACUUUAUAGAUGAGGAAGCAGAGGCACAGACAGGCUUUGUGGCUUGUCAAGCAACAAGGGAAGGCAGUGAUUCACUGGAGAUAAAGAUCAGUGGGUUUUCACCUCCCAGUUCCCUGCUAAAAACAUUUCUGCCUUUUACCCCUGUUUCCCAGUUGGCUUGGUGCCUACAGUUCUUCACAUUCGUGUCAGACUCCUCGCUCUGAAUCGCUGGGGAGAACCCAGGUCUGGGCAUUGUAAACCCACCUCAGUCUGUGUUUUAGGAUUCACAGUUUUAAACAGUGGCUAAAGGUCAUGAAAGAUCAAUGAGGCUUGCUGGCAAUAUUUUGGCUGGAUUUAAAAUUGUAUGUUCUGACUCUAGAGUGAGCUCAUGUUUAUUUUUAAAAUAUGUUCCGCCAGUAGCAGAAAUCUAUGGUGAAUGUCUCCUUGUUGGGUAUGUCAGUUGUGCCAGGAAUCCACACACCCUUUAUCGUAUUCCUGGCAGGGGCAGGACUUGCUCCUUCUUUGACACCUUCUGGUGAGGAUAUAGUUAUUUGAACUCUAUUCAUAAACCCUGUUUAGUGGCCUGGUCCAGCUCCCCCCAAAACCUUGAACUCCCCAAAAUACCAUGAAUGCUAUGGAACAUCGAUCUCUUUAGAAAUGAGUGAUGCUUAGGCUGCAAUUUCAUCUAGGCCCUUUUUGCAAUUUCUCUCUAGAGAGCUGGGAGACCUUGUGUGGAUAGUCUUGGGUAAGAUCACUGCUCAGUGAAUGGCAAUGAAUGAGGAUCACUUUUGUUAUCAGGCAGAGCCCUCUAGCAGAGUUACCGGAUUAGAGAGAAGUAUGGUGUCACCAGAGUCAUCUUUAGCAGUAAUGUUGCAAUGAGCAUCAGUCAUCUGGGAAUGAGUGUUGCUAUCCUGGAAAGAGAGGGCAGUGAAGUUAUCCCCGCUUUACAGAUAAGAGUAAAGCACAGAGAAGGAAAUUAUUUAGCCAAGGUCACCCACCUGGAGUGGACUUAGUGUUAUGCUUUCACUGCCCUGCCAGCACCUGUGACUCCCUGCUUUGUAAGUGCAGAGGUAGAGCUGCAAGUCAGACAAAGGACCCUUAAUCUGCUUGUCUCAUUUUUAAAGGUGCCUACUUGGAAAGGACUUGGCCUGAAAGCUUAUUAGAACAAUUCCUGUUGAUUUCUUUAAUGGGCUUUUUACAGUCGGUCCUAUGCAUUUGGGCUGUAUCCAAACCUCUUAUGAUCUACAGGACUGCGAGGUGGGAGUGUGAGGGGGAACCGGGCUGGAAGCUGACUGUCUCCAUCUGCUCCUGCUGCCUGACAGGAGAAUUUGAUCCAGCUAGCGAACUGGAAGUCCCUGUGGACACCAAACAGAUGCUCGCUUUUACAGAUAGUGGUGGUGUAUCCUCCUCACUCCUCGAGUUGGGACAGGUGGAACGUAGCCCAGCUAAUGGUUCAUGCAGAAUAUAACUCUCUCAUGCUUCCCAUUUCAAACAGAAAAGCACACUGAACUCUAUGGAGCAAGACAGACUGCAUUUGUGAGCCAGCAUAUUGAUUUAGAAAACAUCAGUGCUGAGAUGUUCAUUGCAGCUUACCGCUUCUGCCUGCAUUUUUGGGAUUCCAGCUUGGAGUGCUAGGAAUCUUCCUGCUUGUUAGGCUCUCCCCUCUGGAUAACCCAGCACCCUGACACUGGCAGACAGCAAGUUCAAAACGCACGAGGCUACUUUUUGGCAUGUAGCCUAAUUAAAUCGCAGAAUUUUUUGCUAAGGGCAUUGUGUCUGUCAGUGUAAGUGGGCUAUGAAAAAGGAUGAGACAAAUUCUUGGGGGGCAGGGGGUUGAAUCCAUUUGUCGUUAGUACAUGUAAUUGCCUGAAUGCAGUCUCCAGCAGAGGAGUCCCAAGACUGAUUGCUGGAACCUGGAGGGUAUUCCAAGGAAGGGCAACUUGACCACUUGCCUUGUUUCUUGUACUUUUUUCCUAUGCUCUGUUACUUGGCACCUUUGGUCUGGGCCUGUGUGGCCCUUCAUACCCUGGGCUGUUCUGGGUGCGGUAUGGACAGUGUUGCUGGAGUAUAGAUACUUUUGAGUUGGUGAUAAAGGGAGAGAACAUCCCACUGUCAAGUACCCAGUGUCUCCUACUUGACCCAGUGCCCGCAGACUAUGACCUCUUUCGGGAUGUUGGCAGAGCCCCGAAGGGAGGUGCAGACGGGGAAGCUAUGUCCCCAGAGUCUUGACUGGCGGCCUUGAAAAGCUAUAAUAGAAUCGUAGCCAAUGUUGUGGCUAUGUCUAAAGCCACAUGUUUAUCUGUUUUGACUCUUAAGAUCUGUGUUUUUUAAAAUAUGUUCCAGGAGAGACACAUUUUGGUAGACUUCUCCUUGUUUAUGGAGAGUGUCCUGAGGGCAUAAGGAAAGUUGCAAAUCGAGAUGUCAUUCCUCUAUACUGCUCCUGGUCAGGCUAGUCCUCCCAGGGCAGAAUCUGUAUAUUCAGGCCAUAACAAUUUGGAGAAAUGGGGCAGGUUUGUAGACAGCUUAACGGAACUCUGCUGAAAGAAUAGUCUUGCCAACAGCCCCUCUUGUCCUGCUGCAAAACAUUACAGUAAGUAGUGAGUAGAGCAUAAAUACAAAUGCAUUUGUAUAUCAUAUU